UGUCGAUAUUUCCAUAUCGAUGCCCAUCCCUAGUUCCAAUGCACGUGGGAUGAAUUGUACUGAAAAAUGAAGAUGUCUUCGUCUUUUUUUUUUAAAUCAGGCGGUAAAUCCAGUAAAAAGCGUAAGCAUACCUCAGAAAGCAGUGCAACUCAAAAGCCCAUGUCGGAAUACGCCAUUCAUCGACCUAAGGCGGUAAACGAGGAGAUAUUAAGUAGUGAUGAAAGCGAAUACAAUGCCGAAGUGGAAGGCUACCCACUUGCCUCGGACGAAGAUGAAAUGCCCCAAGAUAAACGUUUACGGCUUGCGAAGAAGUAUCUAUCAGAGAUAAAAACUCAAGAAGCAGAACAUUUCGAUGGUUUGAAGAUAAAUCAGAAUAUGGAACAACGUUUACAAGUUGAGUAUUUGGAGAGUAUCGGUAAACUGCACCGUAAUAUUGCCGCUGGUGUAAUAAUGUGCGGGGUUGGACUCGUGUUAAAACAUAAGUUGCACCACGCACCCAUAUGUUCACAAGUGCUUAGUGCAGAUGGAAGAUAUCUGUAUACAGGGGCUAAGUCUCAAUAUGUUCUGAAAUGGUCUACCGAAAGUGGCAAAGUACUUGCAAAAUUUGAUGUCACACCGACACGCGAAGAUCAUGACACAGGCACAAAACGCCGCUCUCACGUUAUUGCCAUUACUCUAUCGACAGACAUGAAGUUUUUGGCGCUAGCCGAGGGCGGCUCACAUAUACAGAUUUGGUGCCCUGUUACUAUGAAACAUUUAAAGACUUUUAAAGGUCACCGUGACAUCGUGUCAUCGCUAGUUUUCCGAAAAGGGAGUCACGAGUUGUACUCGGUCGCAAAGGAUAGGUCCGUCAAGAUUUGGUCCCUCGAUGAAAUGGCUUACGUGGAGACGUUGUUUGGCCAUCAGAGUGGCGUUACGAGCAUAGAUGCCUUAGACCGUGAACGUGCUAUAACAGCGGGUGGCUCAGAUUGCUCUCUGCGCAUUUGGAAAAUUAAAGAAGAAUCGCAGUUAAUAUACAAUGGGCAUCGCGAUGGUAUUGAAUGUGUCAAGUUUUUAAACGAUGAACACUUUAUAUCUGGUGGUGUGGACGGAUCUAUCGGCUUAUGGACUACGUUAAAAAAAAAACCUCUUUGUAUGGCAAACCAGGCGCAUGGAAUAGCUGAAAAUGGCGUGGCGAAUGGAAUUACCGCCAUUGCUGUUAUAGUUAACACUGAUUUGGUGGCAUCAGGGUCAUAUGAUGGUUACGUUAGGCUAUGGAAAGUCAUCCAACAAGCACGAAAGUUGCAGCCAGUCCAUAUUAUACCCAUUUCCGGUUUCAUAAAUAGCCUUAUUUUCAGUAUAGAUGGCACAAAACUCUACGUGGCUGUUGGCAAGGAGCACCGUUUGGGUCGUUGGUGGCGGCACAAAGAGGCACAAAAUAGUAUAAUUGUUGUUAAUGUAAAAUUACAAUAUGAGAAUACAGCCCUCACGUAAGUUAAUUAUGUAAAAAUGUUUUGUUUUCCAAACCUAUGUGUAAAUAUAUAUCUCUGCCGUA